AUGAAGAGUUAUAUCAACCACAGCAAGACCGCCCGCAACCCCAAACGCCCCUUCGAGAAGGAGCGUUUGGACCAGGAGCUGCGGCUCUUGGGCGAGUAUGGCCUGAAGAACAAGCGGGAGGUAUGGAGGGUGCAGUAUGCACUUGCGAAGAUCCGUUCUGCGGCCCGUGAGCUGCUUACUUUGGAGGAUAAGGAUCCCCGUCGUAUCUUCCAGGGGACGGCGCUGCUCCGCCGCAUGGUUCGCUUGGGCCUUUUGAGUGAAGGCGAGCAGAAGCUCGACUAUGUGCUGGGUCUGACGGUACAGAAGUUCUUGGAGCGGCGUCUGCAGACUCGUGUGUUCAAGCUGGGUCUCGCAAAGUCAAUUCACCAUGCCAGAUGUCUCAUUAGACAGCGCCAUAUCCGCGUAGGCAAGCAAAUCGUAGAUAUCCCAUCGUUCAUGGUGCGUGUGGACUCUGAGAAGCACAUCGAGUUCGCGUUCACUUCACCUUACGGAGGUGGCCGCCCUGGUCGCGUAAGGAGAAAGUCUCUCAGGGGUGGAGAUGACAAGGAGGGGGAUGAAGAGUAA